AGACUACGAUAAAGUUUCCCAAAAAUUAGGAAACAACUUCCCGAGGGAGGAAAACUGUGCCAAUCUCUACUUUUUGAAGCGGAGGCGCAGUCUCAGGACUAACAAACUCCAGAAAAACGCACGGAUAUAACGGUGUAACCACGGAUUCGAAGGUGGAGAGCGCGUUUUCUCCUCGACCUUCUCAUUUCUUUAAAAGAGAAAUGGAAGAGAGUUCAAGCUCUCCCGUCUCCCCAGUGGACAGCCUGGUGACCAGCGAGGAGGAGCUGGACAGACAGCAGAAAAAGUUCGGAAGGAAGAGGAGACACAGUAAAAAGUCGAGCGAGGACGGCAGCAGCCCGAGCUCCGUGAAUAAACGGAGCAAAAAGCCGAGCCCGAGCAGCACGCAGUCGUUCGAGGAGCUGCAGAACCAGCGCGUCCUGGCGAACGUCAGGGAGAGGCAACGGACUCAGUCCCUCAACGAUGCCUUCGCGUCUUUGCGCAAAAUCAUCCCCACGCUCCCCUCGGAUAAACUCAGCAAGAUACAGACGCUCAAGCUCGCCUCCAGGUACAUUGAUUUCCUCUGUCAGGUACUGCAGAGCGACGAGAUGGACAACAAGAUGUCGAGCUGCAGCUACGUCGCGCACGAGAGACUGAGUUACGCCUUCUCGGUGUGGAGGAUGGAGGGCGCGUGGUCGAUGUCCGCGUCCCACUAGCAGCGAGACUCGUCCGUGCGAUGCCGAAAGGACUGUUUACUUCCACUAAUUUUGAAGACACCAAAGGAUUUAUUGAUGAACCUCUAAACCUCAGUGAUGUGGCCAAAGGACAUUCAGCAGAUACACCUAUGGACUUGAGCAUCCUCACGAAGGAAACCAUGAAGGAACUUUUUAUAUAGAGGAAACCUGGAUGACGUCUCCUGUGUCGUCAAAUACAUUUAAUCAUUUUCAGAAGUUAUUCUUAAAUGUCGGCAUGGUGAUAGUACAGGAAGGCCAUCUGUUAUCUGUAUGGAAACUAUAUUGUGUGUUUGUCUCUAAACAGAAGAAUUUACAUAUAUAUAUAUGUGUGUGUGGGAACAAAAAUUUAUUGUAAAUAGGCUACCUGUGAGUAUUGUCAGCUUUUUUAAGGGACCAAUGCAAUUUAGAGCAAUACUUUCUUGAAGUACGCUGCAUGGAUGAAUGCAUACGUUUGAUUUUUCCUAUGCAACAUUUUCAAAUUCCGUCCAUUGUACAUUUUGCUUAUUUAUUAAAACAUAUUUUUGAACAUUUA